AUGGCGAGUGGUGCGCGCGCGGUGGACGACGGCGGCGCGGGACGCGGCGGCCGGGACGGGACGAUUGAUUUGAGCGCGGAGAUGUUUGACGGGUCGCCGCCGUACGCCGAGGUGUUACACAUCCCGAAUGGAAAGGUAGGAUUGGUGAUCGGACGAGAGGGACGACACGUUGGAUUCGUGCAGAAUCGAACGGGGACGCGGAUAUCGAUCGCGAGGGAUUCGUGGGACGGCGCGAAGCGACGGGUGGAGAUCGAGGGACCGCCGGAACGAUGUCGUGAGGCGGUGGCGAUGAUACAUCGGUUGAUCGACACGAGCGACGAUCGCGCACACGAAGGAACGGAGGGAGCGAUAGGGGCGCUGUUCGAAGGAUUAGACGUCGCGGACGCGGCGCGAGCGGCGGUGGCGACUGCGGCGGACGUCGCGGCGCGCGCCGAUUUGGCGCUGGACGAAGAGACGCAGUACAACGAGCGCAACGCCGAGUUUGUCGGCGGCGGCGGCGCGCUUCGAGCGAUGGCGCCAUCGUCGACGGUGGCUCGGCUCGGACCGGCGACGGCGACGAUGACGAUUCCGCACACCAAGGUCGGGAUGAUCAUCGGACGAGGUGGCGAUAACGUCAAGUACAUUCAGCAGCGCACGCGGGCGAGGAUUCAGAUUCAGACGGACGCGGAGACGCCGGAGGGGGCGCCGGCGCGUACGGUGUUCUUACGAGGCCCCGUGGAGUGUUGUCGCCACGCGGCGCGGAUGAUAAACGACAUGUGCGUCGGUAGAGUGCCGAUACAAGCGGCGCCCGGCGUGAUCGCGCCUUCACCUUUGACGCCCACCGGACCGGAAUCCGAGCGCGGACGAAGCGUCGACCGCGCGUCGCGCGAGCGCGGCGGGUACCACCACGGCGCGUACGUCCCGCCCGCGCACGCGAUGGAGUAUCAGCCCAUGCCCGGCACGUUUUACCCACCCUUCUUCAGCCAGCCGUAUACGGGUCUAUACAAUCCCCCGUCGGCGUACGCGCCGCAGGAUCCGUCGUCGAUGAUGCAGAAUCCGUACGCGUGGAAUCCGUACGCGGCGCAAAUGUACUACGGCGCGCCGCCGCCGUUGAUGCCCGCCUACGCCUUGAACGUCGGAACGCCGCGCGACGACGGAACGACGUAUUACGAACAACCGCAGACGCCUCCGAGAGACGCUGGCGAUGAAUCCGGCGACCGAAAAAAUGUGAGCGCGAGCCAACCGUCCGCCGCGCCGGAGACGCCGCCCGCCGCCAUGGACGUCCAAGAACAAUCGCGACACGACGACACGAUCGUCUCCGACGACGCCACCCAGAGUCCCGAUGGAAACGACGACGUCUCGCGCUGA